AUGGAGCCCAAGCACAAGGAGCUGCUCGUUCAGUGCCGCCAGAGCCUGGCCCAGUCCAUGACCGAGGUGGACAAAGUGAUCGAGCUGCUGGAGGCUGCUGGCACCUUAAGCCCCCGCGACCUGCACGAGCUGCAGGAAGCCGCCGGAGGGGGAGCGGGGGGCGCUAGCAAGGCCGACCGGCUCAUCCAGCUGCUGCUGGCCAAGGAUCGGGACCAUUUCCAAGACCUGCGGGUGGCCCUGGAGAAAACGCAGCCUCACCUGCUCUCGAUCCUCUACCUGAACGGGGUGGCGGGGGCGCCGCCCGGAGAGACGGCCGGGUCUACUUACAGUGUGCUGUCCAUAAUGCCAUCUGAUUCCGAAAGUAGCAGUUCUCUCAGUAGCAUUGGUACAACAGGCAAAGCAUCAUCCCCACCACCUGUCUUAGACACAAGGCAGAUGAAUGAGAAACUAGAGACUAUUUUAUUUCAGCUCCGCCAGGUUACACGUGAGAGGGAUGAGUUACGCAAGCGCCUUGCACUUUCAUCUCCUGGAUCAACCUUCGAUGACUGCAGGCCUAGUCCAAAACCAAGUCAUGAUUAUGAAAGAUUGAAGAUCCAGUGUAUGAAAGCCAUGUCAGACCUACAGUCUCUACAGAAUCAACAUACGAAGACACUAAAAAGAUGCGAAGAAGCAGCCAAAGAGGCAGAUUUUUAUCAUACCUUGCAUAGUCGACUGCUGAGUGACCAGUCACAGCUGAAGGAGGACAUGGAUACCUUGAAGAGGAAGAAUACGCAGUUGGUGCGAGAGCAUAACCAUCUCCAACAAUCAUGUGAGGAAAUGAAGAGACUUCAUGAUGAGGAUCAGAAAGAGAUAACAGACCUACGCAGCCAGCAACAGCAGGUUAUGAAACAGAAUGGAUCCUCAGAGAUACUAAAUAAACUCUAUGAUACAGCAAUGGACAAGCUAGAAGGUGUGAAAAAGGAUUAUGAUGCGUUAAGGAAACGGUACAAUGAGAAGAUAGCAAGCCACAAUACAGACCUUAGCCGGCUAGAACAGACUGAGGAGGAGAACAGGCGUCUUCAGAAGCAGAUUGACAUGUUAAUGAAACAGAGGGACACGGCAAUACAUGUCCAGCAGCAGUAUUCCUCCUCUCUUAGAAGGUUUGAGUCAAUUCAGCAAGAGCUAAGCAAAGCAACUGUGCAGAACAAGGAGUUGCAGAGAGAGAUGGAGCGGUUACAGUCAGAAGUGACGCGGUUCAAAACAAUGCAGCUGAAGGCAGUGAAGGAUGCAGAGAAGUACAAGGAAGAGAGAGACUCUGUUUUCAAUGAGUAUCGCCUCAUAAUGAGUGAGAGAGACCAAGUGAUCAAAGAGGUGGAUAAGCUUCAAACUGAGCUAGAGCUUGCAGAGUCCAAACUGAAAAACACUUCCUCAGAGAAAAGAGUGGCUAGUGAAGAGAUGGAAGCUUUAAGACAGAUCCAAGAUUCUGCUACAUUGGACAUAGAAAGAGCUAACAAAGAAAUUGAAAUGCUUCGGAAGCAAUAUGAGGCCAUGUCACAGGAGCUAAAGGAAGCCGUCCAGGAAGCAGAAGUAGCCAAAUGUCGGAGAGAUUGGGCCUUUCAAGAACGGGACAAGAUAGUUGCGGAAAGAGAAAGCAUACGGACUUUGUGUGACAACUUGAGGAGAGAGCGAGACAGAGCUGUGAGUGACUUGGCAGAGGCUCUUCGCAAUCUCGAUGACAUGAGAAAGCAAAAAAAUGAUGCUGUGCGUGAACUGAAGGAACUAAAAGAGAAGAUGGAGAACCAGUUGGAAAAGGAAGCCAGGUUUCGGCAGUUGAUGGCCCACAGUUCUCAUGAUUCAGCUAUAGACACAGAUUCUCUGGAAUGGGAAACAGAAGUGGUGGAGUUUGAAAAAGACCGAGAGGAUAUGGACUUGAAAGCACUUGGUUUUGAUGUGGCAGAAGGUGUGAAUGAACCAUACCUCCCUGGAGACUGUGGGAUUUUUGUCACCAAAGUAGACAAAGGAAGUAUUGCAGAUGGUCGAUUAAGAGUGAAUGAUUGGUUGCUGAAGAUAAAUGAUGUGGAUCUUACUAAUAAGGAUAAGAAGCAAGUUAUAAAAGCUGUACUUAAUGGAGGAGGCGUUAUUAAUAUGGUGAUUCGAAGAAGGAAGUCCUUAGGCGGGAAAGUGAUAACACCUCUGCACAUCAAUCUUGCUGGGCAUAAAGAUAGUGGAAUUAGUUUAGAAAAUGGAGUAUUUGCUGCUGCUGUUGUGCCCGGUAGCCCUGCUGCCAAAGAUGGGUCCCUUGCUGUGGGAGAUAGAAUAAUUGCCAUUAAUGGCAUUGCACUAGAUAAUAAAUCACUGACUGAAUGUGAAGCUUUGCUACGAAACUGUAGGGAUUCCCUUACCCUCUCAUUGAUGAAGGUUUUUCCUCAGAGCUCAUCGUGGAGCGGUCAGAACAUAUUUGAAAACCUGAAGGAUUCAGAGAAAAUAUCGAACUGCAGGGUUCAUACAUCAGAGAUACAAGUUCAGAAUAAAAGAAACUUGAAACACAACAGUUCAACACAGACAGACAUUUUCAAUCCAGACAUCCUGGAUGGCAAGAAGGACCAGAGCGACCAGGGGAGUGGUUCGUUCUGUGAUCACAAGCCCUUUUCCAGCCAUGCUUUACGAGCAGACUCUCGCAGGAAUGCUGUGCACAGCUGCCACAGUAAUUCAGAACACAGUCUUAGUUCCUUUAGUCCAGACACUUACGGGGAACGAGGCUAUGGACUUGUUGACUUGGACGGCAGGAGGCUGCCAUUUGAGCCCACGGUAGCCGACUGCAUCAUGGUUGAGACCAUGCUAGACAAAGGGCAUGGAGCUAAGCAUAGUGGUGGUACGUGGCCUAAAGUGAUGGUCAAUAUUUCAACAGCAGAAACUGAAAAGUUCUCUGUGUACAAAAAGCCAAAACAAAGGAAGUCCAUCUUCGACCCUGACACUUUCAAAAGACCACAGACUCCUCCCAAAAUGGACUAUCUCUCCCCUAAUCAGGUGUCCGCGCAUUCGCCUCAGCCCUCAAAAGCUGAAGUGGCUUCAACUCCUCCAACCCCUCCCAAGAGAAGUGACUCUAUUAAAUUUAAACAUAAACAGCAGACAAGUUCUGCAUCAGACUCUACUGUAACAACUGGAUCCCCGCCUACCAGCCCAGCUACUGCCCAGCCCCCAGUGUCCUUGGCACUUAAGCAGGACUCAGAUACUCACAAGGGGCGCAGCAGGAAUGCUGGGCAUUAUUACAGGGAGGAGGGGAUCGACUGCACUCAUCUAUCUUCAAGAAAAUCUUGUGAAGAUGACAUUGGCUUUCAAAGAGUUGAAGAGCCAGAGAUAAAAAGACCAAGACCAAAAUCAGCACCUGCUUUGAGACAUAAACUGACCCCUGUGCCCAUUCCUAAUCCUUCACUUCAGGUACAGAAAUACACUCCAGCCAGUGAAGAGCAUCUCUCUCCGGAGCUCCAGGAGUGGGCGCCGUAUUCACCAAAACGUUCCACUAGGCACAGUGAUGGUUUUGUGUCUUCCUCCUUGUACACUGGAGCCAUGUCAGCAGGUACUGUACCAAGAAGUUUAGCACCAUGUCCUGCAGUAACUGCUGUCAUGAGAAAUCCAGUUUAUACUGCUUGGAGCCACAGAGUUCACACCAACAAUUGCCCGUCUGUUGCCAGCCAAAUCUGCCAUCAGCAUCUGCAUCCCAGUGCUCAGCACCAAGGUCGCCUGAGUUUGGACCUAAGUCACAAACACUCCAGUGAUUAUUCUGAAAACUCACGGACGAGAGCAUCACAUGGUUCAAAUUCAUUACCAUCCAGUGCAAGACUUGGUUCUUCCAGCAACUUGCAGUACAGGACGGAAAGAAUUAAGAUCCCUUUAACCCCAAGGUAUCCAAGGUCCAUCAUUGGCUCCGACAGGGGUUCACUGUCACAUUCUGAAUGUAGCAGUCCCAGCCUGAUAACCCCUCCACAAUCACCACUGAACCUGGAAACGUCUUCUUUUGCCAGCAGCCAGUCACAGAACUCGCUUUCUACAUUACCUAGGAUUUCUGUUAGCCCGGUAUCAAUUGGAGAGCGUAGAAAAGAUAGGCCGUACAUGGAAGAACCACGCCAUGUUAAAGUGCAAAAGGGUUCUGAGCCCCUAGGGAUUUCCAUUGUGAGUGGAGAAAACGGUGGGAUAUUUGUGUCUAAAGUAACUGGUGGGAGCAUUGCCCAUCAAGCUGGCCUUGAAUAUGGUGAUCAGUUACUGGAGUUCAAUGGAAUAAAUCUGAGAAAUGCUACAGAGCAGCAGGCUCGACUGAUCAUUGGACAGCAAUGUGACACUAUUACUAUUCUGGCUCAGUACAACCCACAUAUGUAUCAACUUGGCAAUCACUCACGAUCGAGUUCUCGCUUAGAACCAGUGAGCAAUCAUUCCACUCCUCAAGGCAGUGGAGCUGCAACCCCUGACAAUCAUUCCAUAAUAGAUACUGUGAGUGAACAGGAUGAAGGAACAAUGACACCUCCAUCCAAACAAACCACACCUACAACUAGUCCCAGGAAUUCCAUGAGGGUCGCUGUGGACACAAACAAGAGGACCCCUGAACCAAGAAAUGUUGUCAUUAAAAAAUCCCAAGUGGAGCUUGGAAUCCAGAUUUGUGGUGGAAACCUGCAUGGAAUAUUUGUGUCUGAUGUAGAAGAUGACAGCCCAGCAAAAGGACCUGAUGGACUAGUAACGGGAGACAUGAUACUUGAGUAUGGAUCUGUUGAUAUGCGAAAUAAAACAGCUGAGGAAGCCUACCUUGAAAUGCUGAAGCCAGGAGAAAAUAUAAGAGUAAAGACUCAGUACAGAAUAGAAGAAUUCAACAAGAUUAAAGAGUUACCUGGAGAUGGAUUCUAUAUCAGAGCACUUUAUGAUCGGCUGGCAGAGGUGGAGCAGGAUUUAAACUUUAAGAAGGAUGACAUUUUGUAUGUUGAUGAUACUCUACCACAGGGGAACUUUGGUUGCUGGAUGGCUUGGCAGCUGGAUGAGAAUGCUCAAAAGCUUGAGAGAGGACAGAUUCCCAGCAAAUAUAUGAUGGACCAGGAGUUCUAUAGGAGACACAGUAUGUCUGAGGCUAAAGAUGAAAACAGCUCCACUAAGACUUUGUCAGCAGCAGCUCGAAGAUCAUUCUUUAGAAGAAAACAUAAACACAAGCGUAGUGGUUCCAAAGAUGGAAAAGAUUUACUGGCUCUUGAUACAAUCAGUACAGACUCCAUUCCUUUCUUGGAUGAUUCUGUGAGUCUGGCUUAUCAGCGUGUGCAGAAGGUGGAUUGUACCUCUCCCAGGCCCGUACUCAUUCUAGGACCAUUACCUGAUGCUGUGAAAGACAUGCUAGUCAAAGAAUCUCCUGGAAAAUUUUGCAGAUGUCCCCUUGAAGUGAUGAAAGCUUCCCAACAAGCCAUCGAACGCGGAGUGAAAGACUGUUUGUUUAUAGAUUACAAACGAAGGAGUGGACAUUUUGAUGUGACAACAGUAGCUUCAAUAAAGGAGAUAACAGAGAAGGAUUGUCAUUGUCUAUUGGACAUUGCUCCUCAUGCCAUUGAACGGCUCCACAGUGUUCAUAUCUACCCUAUUGUCAUCUUCAUUCGAUACAAAAACGCUAAGCAAAUCAAAGAGCAGAAAGACCCAAUCUUUCUGAGGGACAAAGUUACACAAAAACAUUCCAAAGAACAAUUUGAGACAGCUCAAAAAAUAGAACAGGAAUAUAGCAAGUACUUCACAGGUAUUGUCCAGGGAGGAGCCCUUUCAAGCAUUUGCACUCAGAUUAUGACAACUGUUGAUCAAGAACAAAAUAAAGUCCUGUGGAUUCCAGCUGGCCCGCUAUAG